GUGACCCCAGUCCCUAGGCUGAUGCUAAAGACAGUCAUGUUGUGGAAGAUGCCCAUGCUUGUAGGACUGAUUGUGUUAGGCACCCAUAUGUGGACCAUUGACAAAGAAUUUUUAGAUGUUACUAAGGAUCUAGAUUAUUUUGUGGCAUCAGUGGAGUUUGCUGUGGCUCAGUUCAAUGACAACAACUCAGAAGAGAACACAUACAGGUUGCUAGAAGUUGGGAGAGCCCAGAAAAAGACAUGGACAAUGAUUUUUUUAAUGGAUUUGGAGAUGGGCCGUACGAUUUGUAAGAAACAUGAUGAAAAUAUCCAUAAUUGCCCAUUGCUACAAGGCUCAGGAGAAAAGAAGGUGCACUGUGUUUUCCAAGUAGAUGCACGACCUUGGUUUUCCCGCUUCACAGUCCUGACUAGCACCUGUGUGCCGACAUAAGCAGAGGGGAGGGGCUUUGGCUACGUAUUGUAUUCUCCCUUCCUCUGGUGUAUGACCACCUGUAGCCCAAGGUCUGUGUAGUGCUAAUGCAAUUAAAAGCAUCUCACAGCA